CGUCCUUGUCAGUAGUGUUAUGGCGUGUGGAUCUGAAGACACAUAACAUCGUGGAGGUGGACUCAGGUGAUUUAAUCCAGUAUCUUUAAUUAAUUACAAACAGCUUGUGGUGCAGUAGUGAACCCAAAGAAGAGACAUGGUUUUCCUGACGUUGUCGUGUUGGAUCCGAAGCCGUGGACCUGACAGAUAUUGGAAAGUUCAAGAAAUUCUCAAACAUGCACGGCACUUCAGGGGCAGAAAGAACCGCUGCUACAGCCUGGCUGUCAGGGCGGUCAGAAGAGCUUUCGUCUACGCCACCAAAGGUCGGAGGCUCAAGCAACGUAACAUGAGGACGCUCUGGAUCACGCGCAUUGCAGCAGCAUCACGAGAGCACGGCAUGAAGUAUCCUGCGCUUAUGCACAACCUCACCAAGACUAGCGUUCAGCUAAACCGACGUGUUAUCAGUGAUCUGGCCAUCACAGAACCUCGGUCAUUCCUCUCACUUGCAAAGCUGGCACGGGCGCGCCAGCAGGAGGGCCUCCGGGCAGCGCUGGGCGAUGGCAAAGAGCCUGCUGGUGUCUUCUCCCGAGUUGUUUUGCUACAGUGAUGGACUUAAUAAAGCUGCAGAUUUCCAUUUGUUAUGUGGUUUAAAGAACAGUUGCCUUGGAUUGUGGAGAUGUUCAUCAAAGUUUUUUAUAUAUGUUCAUAAACAGUUAAAUCAGUUGAACAACUUUGAUCAUUUUUGUGAUUUAUUAUUAUUAUUAUUAUUAUUAUUAUUGUUAUUAUUGAUCAUUAUACCAGGGUUGCCUGAUGCUCAAUGAUCCACAUAAAGGACCCAAUUUGACAACAUAGUGUGGUUAUGGGUCUCUUGGUGAAAAAAAAAAAAGAAGUCGACUCAAGGCGAAGACAUGGUUGACUUCUCCCACCGUUGAGGCCCUUACUGACAAUGCUGGCAAAAGGCAACUCUUCAAUAUUUCUGCACUCACAAGGACAUACUCAUAAUCCAAGAUGGCAGCUGACAUUGAACAGCAUAGCAAUUGUUAGUCAACUCACCUGCUUCUGCUCCAUGCGCUGUUUUCAGUCCAACAUUUCUGUCCUGUGCACCAGAGAUUCAUGGCUGCAGUUUUGCCUGCUGAAAUCCUUCACAACAGCCCUCCUGAUUACCUCCAGUAUCGUGAUUGAGAAUGUGAUGAUGAAUUUCCAUAAACCUCCCUGUGAACAUCUUA